AUGUGGCAAAUGAGAGAUAUGUUUACGUUUUGGAGAAGUUCCCCGCUCAUUCCUUCGUAUAAACCGAGCUUGGUAGAAGAAAAUAGCUUGGUAUAUGACUCAGUGCUUCUUGAUGGAGCAGUAAUAUCGUUGAAAGGACUCACUUAUGACCGUAAGCAGUAUGUUGGAAUUCAUUUUUUCUUCUUCCUGAGCAUGACCGUAAGCAGAGUACACUACCCUCCCAAACUUCAUUUGGACGUUGUAAGGGCAGCCAUAAUAAGCAUUGAUCUAAAGCUCCUGCAGCUCUUCGAUCACCAAGAUAUGGCUUUUGUAUUUUUAGGUCAUGGAUUUUCUGCACGUACUCCUCUAUACAACAGCAUCACGAAUUGUGG